UCAAUGUAAACAGUGGCGUACAUCUGAGUUCAUGCGACGGAGAGUGAAGUUUGAAAUGGAACGCAAUCUAAAACUGAUCAAUAAUUAACUCCACUGGUGAUGUCAUAAUACUCUGCGAUACUUCAUUUCAUUAUGAACAGCCUUUUUUUACUCUUUGUUUCGUCAGCAUUUGUGCACGGUGUGUUUGGUGUUGAGACAGUGUCCGUGUUGGAGGGAGAUUCUGUCAUUCUACAUACUGAUAUUACUGAAAUACAAGAGGAUAACACAAUACUAUGGAUGGAUGGUGAUAAGGACACUUUCAUAGCUCAAAUAAAAAGAAAGGACAAUUUAAUCUCAUUACAUGUCACUGAUAAUGAGAGAUUCAGAGAUAGACUGCACCUGGAUCAUAAGACUGGAGAUCUGACCAUCAGGAAGACCAGAACCAAACAUGCCGGAAUGUAUAAAUUAACCACUAUCACUACAGAGACCAAAUACAAAAUAUUCAAUGUUUCUGUAAAUGGAGUGUUUGGUGUUGAGAUAGAUGAACAGAAGACAGUUUCACUUAUGGAGGGAGAUACUGCCACCCUAAACACUGAUGUUACUGAGAUACAGAAAGAUGAUCUGAUUCUGUGGGCGUUUGGAGCUGAAGGCAUUCUAAUAGCUAAAGGUGAUCGGGAGACCAAUGAAACCUCAUUAUAUGGUGAUGAUGGGAGAUUCAGAAAACGAAUGCAGUUGGACCUUCAGACAGGAGAUCUGACCAUCAGAAACAUUAGAAUCAAUGACACUGGACUUUAUAAAGUACUGAUCAAGGGCAGUGAAAAUUCACUUAAGAGGUUCACUUUGAUUGUCAGUGCUGUUACAGAGCCGAGUCUGUCUUUAGGUGUUAUAGUAGGAAUAUGUGUUGGUGUUGCUGUUCUGCUGCUCAUGGCUAUAGCUAUUGCUGUGAUUUACUAUCGCCACAUGAUCUCUCAACUAAAAAAACAUACCGUGACGGAAGUGUCAGUAAUGGAGGGAGAUUCUGCUAAUCUACACACUGAUUUUACUGGAAUACACAUAACUGAUGAGAUCGAGUGGAAGUUUGGAGAAGACAAAACUCUCAUAGCUCAGAAAACCAGAAAGAACAAUAGGAUUAUUUACGAAGAUGUUCUUGAUGGGAAAUUCAGAGGUAAACUGCACCUGGACGAUCAGACAGGAUCUUUAACCAUUAGUAACAUCAGAGCCUCCCAAUCUGGAAUGUAUAUACUACAGACCACCAACAACCAUGGACAUACCAAAUGCAAGAAAUUCAUUGUUUCUGUCAGCGUGAACAUUGUGGUAAAGAUUGAGGGAGAUCCUUUCACUCUAAACACUGAUGUUACUGACAGAAAGAAAGAUGAUUUGAUACUGUGGACAUUUGGACCUGGAAACAGUCUCAUUGCUAAAAUGUAUGGAGAGGACAAUGAGAUAUCCUUAUAUGAUGGUGUUGAUGGGACAUUCAGAGGCAGACUGCAGUUGAACCAAGAGACCGGAUCUCUCACGGUCACAAACUCAAGACCCUCAGACACUGGAGUUUAUAAACUACAGGUCAUCAACAGUACAGAGAGCACAUUCAAGAGAUUCAGUGUUGCUGUCAGUGGAAACAGAGUGAAUGAAUCAGAGACCACAGUGCUGAUGGAGUGACGGUUCAACAGGGCACAAGUUCAUUUCAUUUAAAGAGACACUCAAUUCUGGUGUAAAUAACUGUUACAUUCUCAUUUAUAAUUCUAGAAACUUGUCACACUUGUAUGAAACAUAGUUCAAAAACAUCUUUGACCAUUCAGUGUAAUCCUCUGUGUGAGACAACUCAUGAUGUGAGAGACUAUUAUUAUGCUUUUGUUGCAGAAAAUAUCUUAACCCUUGUGCAUUGUUCAAAUUCACUACCCUUUCGUUAUGUUCGUGGCUGAAAACAGCCACUACUUUAAACUGCUGU